GAAGGAGUUAUCCAACCUGAGCAGUUCCUCAGUCAAAGGCUCUCAGUGUUUAAUAGCAGCUGCUGCUAUAUAUGUAUAUGAGCAAGAGUAUAGGUGCUUGUUUGUAAGUGGGUGUAAAUGAGAGAGAAUUUACUGUUAUUUAUGUCUACUUGUUCCAUACAUUUUCUACUAUGGUCAUUUUGGUCUGGACUCACUAUUAGAUGUUUGUGUGUUCAUGUGCGAACAGAUUGCCAUGAGUGCCGCUUCAGUUUGCGUGUGUCUUGUGUGUCUGUCUGUAGUCUAAAGGCAGAAUACCAGGCAGCAGUGCUGUCUUGCACUGUUGCCUGAGUUGAUCCCUGCCCUGAGUUAACUAUGGGAUAGUGGUCCAAAGGGUGCCCUCUGAAUUGCUUUCUGCAUCACUGGCUUUAAUAUGGGAAUCAAACUUAGGCAUGCUGUGUUUAUUUUCUUCUACUUCUCUAUACUACUUCUCAAUACCCAUGUCCCAUGGUAAUGUUAAUUCUUUGGACCUUCAAAUCCAUUUUGGGAUGACGACGUGAGGUGACCGGCCUUGCAGUGAAAGAAUGAAUGUAUGGCAUUGGUCAUGGUCAUCCUGAACUACAAUGUACUGUAAUAAGGUUACUUUGCCACUAGGCGACGCGUUUCCAGUUAUAAACACAAGCAGUAUUAAGAGUAUUACCUGAAAUCCCGUGUCCCUUGUACAAGCUCCAAUUUAACUCCCCAAAUACCUGAACAACAAGAUGUUACAGGGGGAAAAGUCACGGUUUCGCAUUUGUGUGCAGUGACUAAAGGUGAAAGUACAAAAUGUUGCAUCAGUAAGGUUACAUUUUAAUCGAAUGUGACAAGUCUUAGAUCACGCGCUGCUCUGGAUUGGUUCAGCUCGGGAGAUACCCGGAUUGGGGACGGACGGUGCACUCUACCGUGAAAGAAGUCGGCAUGGAUGUUUUGACAGACUCUGACGUGCAAAGGUACCAGGAUGAUGGCUACCUCGUCCUGGAGGGCUUUCUGACGGAGGCUGAGUGUGACGCUCUGCGGGCAAGGAUGAAGGAUAUCGUGGAGCAGAUGGACGUUCCACCACACUGCCGUAUACAGUUCUCCACCAAUCAGGAGGAACAGCUGAAAUCCCAGGGAAGCGCUGACUAUUUCAUCACAAGUGGAGAUAAAAUCCGUUUCUUCUUUGAGAAAGGAGUGUUUGAUGACAAAGGUGAAUUUAUUGUCCCAAAAGAACGUUCCCUGAACAAAGUUGGACAUGCCCUGCAUGCAUAUGAACCACUAUAUAAAAGGAUCACCCAUUCAGAGAAAGUCAAGGGUUUGGCAAAGAAGUUAGGACUGCAGAGUCCCGUCAUCCUGCAAAGCAUGUACAUAUUCAAGCAACCAGGCAUCGGAGGAGAGGUUACACCGCACCAGGACGCCACGUUCCUGUACACUGAGCCACUGGGUCGGGUCAUGGGUCUGUGGAUCGCUCUGGAGGACGCUACACUCGAGAACGGCUGCCUGUGGUUUAUUCCGGGAUCACAUUCCAAUGGGAUCAGCCGGAGGAUGGUGCGGACUCCUAAAGGAACCUUUCCUUUGACAGAUUUUGUGGGUUGUGAGCAGGAGUAUGAUGACAAGCUCUUUGUUCCUACACCAAUCAAGAAAGGUGGCUUAGUUUUGAUACAUGGAGAGGUGGUGCACCGCAGUGCUCAGAACAGCUCCUCUGACUCACGUCAUGUCUACACUUUCCACAUGAUGGAUUCUCAUGAAACUCGCUGGAGCCCUGAGAACUGGUUACAGCCAACAGAGGAGCUGCCAUUCACCCCACUGUACACUUAGUCAUUCAUACGUCAACUGUUACACCAUGCAACCUCAGUACACCCACUAACCUCAGGUGCUACCAGCAGAACCACUAGACAAAUAAUGCACACAAAAACACAUUGCUCACACACAUAGUUACAGUCAUACUCAUAUUCUCUGUGUUAUAUGUGAAUAAAAUAUCCUUUUUUGAGAAA